AAGAUGACCGAAUUUCACCACUAGUCGCACCCCGGCGUACGUUAGCCACCAAAUGGCGUCAGCGUCGCUCGGUAACCUCAUCUUCCGCUCACCCGCGGCGGUUCCCGCCAGAAAGGCUAUCCCCAAUUGUGCUAUCCUGCGCAGCGCUUCCCUUAUCCUGCCAAGGCCUUCGCUCUUUUUCUGCCGAGAGACUUUCUCAAGACCUCCAAAGGCAACCCCAUCCCAGAAGUACGUUUAUCCUGACCCCAGUGCUGAUUUUGCUUCAGCUGAGACGCAGAAGUUCAAAGCUGAAUUGCUGAAGAAACUGUUGAAAGAAAAAGAGACCUUCGGAGAUGAUCUUCAAAUGGUUGUCAAUGUCUGUGCCGAGAUAUUCAGUGAAUUCCUACACAAACAAUAUGGAGGACCUGGAACAUUAUUGAUCGAGCCUUUCACGGAUAUGAUGGUGUCUCUCAAGGAAAAAAAUCUUCCUGGAGCACCGUUAGCUGCUCGAGCUUCGUUAUUGUGGGCACAAAAUUACGUCGAUGAGGAUUGGGAAAAUUGGAACUCCAGAUCAGACGAAUGAUGUCCGCAUACUGUAUACCUAUCCCCACCUAUCUUGAGGUUGGUGGGUCAGUAGAGAAUGCAAAGGAAGAUGUCUUGGGAUGUUCAAAUUUCACUAGGAAAACAUGUAUUAGUCAAGAAAGAGACUCUUGUUUACCAUUCUCUCCUAUUAGCUAUACAAAGGAAACAUUUCUCAA